UUUCAGAUUUCUAUGCAAUGAUAGUAUUCUGGAAGUUCAACUGAUAAUUGUUGUAUGACGCCAAUGUUUGUCACUGAUUUCGUUUUCGUAAUAUUAUCACUGUUUCCAGUCUUAACUUUCGGAACAACUGAAAUGAUGUUAAAGCCCUGUUCCCAAUUGCUAAUGGGACAGUAUUGGUGUGAAGAGCCUGAAAUCUCACCGAUUACUCAGCUUCCUGAAACCUGUGAGAAGGAUAAUUCAAUUACAGUUGUUUGUGAAGUGGCAAAUGAAAUUAACUGUAUAGGAUUGGAUAACGGCACAAGGAAAUUUCUGAAACGUAUACCAAAUGGAUGUGCUUAUUCGGCUGGUACUGAAUACAGUACUGCAUUGUUGUUAUCAGUAUUUUUCGGUUGGCUAGGUAUUGAUCGGAUUUACCUUGGAUAUUAUGCUAUAGGAUUUCUGAAGAUGUUUUCAUUUGGUUGCUUCACAUUAUUGUAUCUUUUGGAUAUCGUAUUAAUUGCGUUGCAGUUGUUAGGACCAGCCGAUGGUUCCGCUUACCGGAUUAAUUUCUAUGGGCCGAAAGCGAUACCAAUACGAUUCUCGAACGAUACUUAUGUUUCGCCCUAUACUUGUUUCGAUUGUCCACCAUAGUUUCUUCUUCUGUAUUCUUCUCAAGCUUCGACUUUUACAGUAAAUUUUUGUUUCAAUUUCCGAAGAGUGAAGUUUUACCAGUUUUACUCGUAUAUGGUGUCUAAUUUCUCACUUUGUGAUGCACUUUACUUAUUAUUAUUUGCUAUUGUACGGGUACGUUGUUCAAAUGUUCAUACAAUUUUUGCCAUAGUUUGUGUUAAUUCCUUUUGUACGGUAUUAUCCAGCAUAGAUAUAUAGUUCAAGAACAUUUAGA